GAUGAGCAGAAAUAAACAGAUGAAAAUGUACAGUUAAUUUAAUUAACUGCAACUUCUAAAAAGAUACCGCGGGUGUAAUCAAAGUCAAAAUAAACAUGAUUUAUAUUUUUUCGUCGUUCUGAAAAACAAUUUGAAAAGAAUUAUGGAAUUGUAUGAUAAUGAAAAGUCGUUUGAUGCUGUUCAUCUAACUUCGCAUUUUGAGGAUUCUACUUUACUGGAACCACCAGCAGCAACUAAACCUUCUGACCUGGUUCCUAAACCUGAAUCAAGAAUAGGGACUAUUCUUGAUUCAAUUAAUUUCUCUGUAGCAUCUGAUGCUAGUGAAUUUGAUAAUACUGUUUUCCCUAACGUCCAACAUCCUAUUACUAGAAAUUAUCCACCACCUUUUGGCUGUAUUGAAUUGUCCCCAGGUCGUACAAUUUCAAAUUUAAACAUGGACCCAACUACUAGUGUUCGUCCAAAAGUCAAAAAUCGUGUUGAAGAUGUUCGUGAACCAGGUUUGAGUACGUUCCAACAAUGUACUGAAACGGGUUUUAACUCUAACAUAAAUAGCAAACCACUUCAAACAAGUCGGCAAAACUUUGUCUCUCCGCAUCUACAUCAAUUCACUAAUAAUUCAUCAAAAAAUCAUAUAUUAGACAAGAAGGGUGAAUUUAGACCAGAAUUUAAUAGGCAACAUGCAAUAAACACUCCUUUCUUAUCUGGCCACCAUGAUUUUCCCUGUGAGACACAGAAUGUUACAAAUACGCUAAAUAAAUCAGACUCAGUUAUUGUUCUGUCUAAACAACUUCAACAUCAAGAAAGUAAUGAUAUGAAUGAUUACUUUAAUAGUGGUAAAUAUGUGGUUGACAAUGCAUCAAAUCCAAUAAAAAUGGAUAAAAAAUUCAGGAAACACCGUAGUUUGGGUGGAAGAGAUGAAGGAUCAGUUUGUUCUAAAUUUCAGCAAGAAUCACAUUACGUAGACUCUGGCAUUUCCUCAGCUGAUAGUUUAAGCAACAUUUCCAAGGAGAGUGUUCUCAAUGAAAUUUUGACUUUAUUGCAUCGGCAAAAUGAAGAAAUUAAAGAAUUGCAAACUCAACAAUCUGAAAGACAAUUGUCAGUGGACAAAAAGUUCGAUAUGAUUAAUAGCAGUUUAAAAAAUAUAAUGCAGUACGUAGUAGAUAAUAAUAACUCAAUACCCACAUUAAGGGAUGAAGUUAGGAGUAGAAAUGACAAAGCUGAACCUUUUGAUGUUUCAAGUUCUGGUACAUCUUCAAAUAGUGAAGUUCAUGCUGCUUCUACUAAAGAUAAAUCUAAAGAUGGCGUAAUGUGCCACAAUGAGACACAUGUAAAAAAAACCUCAAGUAGUACAAUGACAAGUAUAACUUAUGAUGGUAAUGACAAGUUGCUGUUUCACAAAACUACGGUUGUCACAGAAAACUGCCAACAAGGCUUAUUACUUCAAUGUUCACAAAAUAAGGUUCCUCCUGUUAAAAGUACUCAAGCAAAUAAUUCUAAAAACCAUUCUAGCGAAGUUGUUACAAAUUAUUAUUCUAAGUGUAGUGCUCCAAAGUCCUUAGAUCCGAAGAAGUUAAAGUCAAAGGAACUGGUAAAAAGCGACCAAGGCUGUGAAAAUGUUACUCCCAGUAGUGAUCGUCAUUCCCCUGCAUCUUCAGCUUUAAAAAUUAGAACCAGCAAUGGCAAAAACUCGAGUCCACUGUCUGACUCUAGUAGAGAAAAUCAAAAAAGGGAAAUCAGACAAUCACCUAAGAAAAGAAAUGUUCAUAAUUGUGACCUUAUUGCGGUAAGUAAUUUAUUUCUUUUUUGUAACUCUAUUCAGUAUUAAGAUUUAUUUUAGAAGCCAACAAAGUUUGUUGUAAACACACAUUACUAUGUAAUCUUAACCUUUUAAUGUAAUGUCUAAUUGUCCCAUCCAUUUUUUAAG